CCCAGACGCUGGGGGGGGAAAGGUCCUCCCCGUGUCGCACUUGGUACGCGCCAGCGGGGAGGCCAGGCCCAGCCCCGACGGUACAAUAGGGUUGGGCCGCGGCCGGGACUGGGCCGGCGCCGGGCAGGGAGCGGGAUCGCGGCCGCAGCUGAAAGACACUGGGCGGCCGGCGACUCCGAGCCUCGCAGGCCACUAGCCGAGGCAGCCCAGACCUUCUCCGGAGCAACCCCCGCCUCCGAGUCUUGCCCGCCGGGCAGGGCCGGGCGUGAUGCGCCGCGGGACCCCUGUCCUGGCCGCUGGCCGCGGCCGCCGCCGCCGCUGAGACCCCAAGACCCCCGGUGACGCCGCAGCCAUGGAGAGUGGCCCACAUGCAGAGCCAGGUGCCGGCGCACCCCCAGCAGUGGCAGCCAGGACCCCCCCAGAGCCAAGACCUUCUCCAGAAGGUGACCCCUCCCCGCCGCCGCCACCACCACCGAUGUCAGCCCUGGUCCCCGAUACACCCCCAGAUACCCCUCCUGCCAUGAAGAAUGCCGCUAGUUCUAAGCAGCUCCCACUGGAACCAGAGAGCCCCCCAGGGCCGGCUGGGCCUCGAUCAGCCCCCCAGCAGGAAGAGUCCCCUUUCUCAGAUGUGAAGAUCAGAGGACCCACCCCACCAGCCACAGGCCCACGGGAUGCCAGGCCUUCUCGAAGGAGCAGCCAGCCAUCCCCGACAACGGUGCCAGCCUCUGACAGCCCUCCCACCAAGCAAGAUGUAAAGAAAGCAGGAGAGAGACACAAGCUGGCAAAGGAGCGGCGAGAAGAACGGGCCAAGUACCUGGCGGCCAAGAAAGCAGUGUGGCUGGAGAAGGAGGAGAAGGCCAAGGCCUUGCGGGAGAAGCAGCUCCAGGAGCGCCGGCGGCGGCUGGAGGAGCAGAGGCUUAAAGCCGAGCAACGCCGGGCGGCCCUAGAGGAGCGGCAGCGGCAGAAGCUGGAGAAGAACAAGGAGCGCUAUGAAGCAGCCAUCCAGCGGUCAGUGAAGAAGACGUGGGCUGAAAUCCGGCAGCAGCGCUGGUCCUGGGCAGGAGCCCUGCACCACAGCUCCCCAGGACGGAAGACCAGUGGGAGCAGGUGCUCCGUGUCGGCAGUAAACCUGCCUAAACACGUGGACUCUAUAAUCAACAAGCGGCUCUCAAAGUCCUCAGCCACGCUCUGGAACUCCCCCAGUAGAAAUCGCAGCCUGCAGCUGAGCCCAUGGGAGAGCAGUAUCGUGGACCGCCUGAUGACACCCACCCUCUCCUUCCUGGCACGGAGUCGCAGUGCGGUCACGCUGCCCCGCAACGGCCGGGACCAGGGUAGGGGCAGCGGCCCUGGGAGAGCCCCCACGAGGGGCGGGACAGGGGCCAGCCCCGCUCGAGGGCCGCACCCCGACCGCACUCAUCCCUCCGCAGCCGUGCCCGUGUGCCCGCGCUCGGCCUCUGCCAGUCCCCUGACGCCGCCGAGCAGUGCCCCCCGAAGCGCGCACCGCUGCGCCCCAGCUGGGGAGCGCGGGGAGCGCCGCAAGCCCAGCGCUGGGGGCAGCCCGGCCCAGGUCCGCCGCCGGCCCGAGGCCUCCCCGGUGCAGAAAAAGGAGAAGAAGGACAAGGAGCGGGAAAAUGAGAAGGAGAAGAGUGCCCUGGCCCGGGAGCGCAACCUCAAGAAGCGCCAGUCACUGCCUGCCUCUCCGCGCCCGCGCCUGGCUGUGGGCCACGCAGAGCUCAGUCCCAAAGCCAAGGCCCGGCCAUCCUCUCCCUCCACAACCUGGCCCAGGCCUGCCUCUCCCUGCCCCAGCCCAGGGCCAGGCCACGCUCUACCCCCAAAACCACCAUCCCCUCGGGGCACCACUGCAUCACCCAAGGGGCGGGUUCGGAGGAAGGAUGAGGCAAAGGAGAGCCUCAGUGGGACAGGACCUGUGGACAAGAACCAGAGCAAGAGCAAGACCCGUGAGGAGAAGGAGCCAACAGCCCCAGCCUCACCAGCACCCUCGCCUGUGCCCUCCCCCACCCCAACUCAGCCCCAGAAGGUGCAGCCCACAGCUGAGAUGCCUGCAGAUGCUGCUGUCCUGACCCCACCCCCAGCUCCUGCUCCACCAACGACCCCUAGCAAACCCAUGGCAGGCACCACAGACCGAGAAGAGGCCACCCGGCUCCUGGCUGAGAAGCGGCGCCAAGCACGGGAGCAGAGGGAGCGCGAGGAACAGGAGCGGAGGCUGCAAGCAGAAAGGGACAAGCGCAUGCGAGAGGAGCAGCUGGCGCGGGAGGCCGAGGCUCGGGCCGAGAGGGAGGCGGAGGCUCGGAGGCGGGAGGAGCAGGAGGCCCGAGAGAAGGCGCAGGCGGAGCAGGAGGAGCAGGAGCGGCUACAGAAGCAGAAAGAAGAGGCCGAAGCUCGGUCCCGGGAAGAAGCGGAGAGGCAGCGUCUGGAGCGGGAAAAGCACUUCCAGCGGGAGGAGCAAGAGCGGCAAGAGCGCAAAAAGCGCCUGGAGGAGAUCAUGAAGAGGACUCGGAAGUCAGAAGCUGCUGAAACCAAGCAGAAGCCGGACAGGAAGGAGGCACAAGCCAACAAUUUCAGCCCAGAGCCUGUGAAAGCCGGGGAGGCCAGGCCCGCAGGGCUGCAGAAGGAGGCAGUGCAGAAAGAGGAGCUGGCCCCCCAGGAGCCUCAGUGGAGCCUGCCAAACAAGGAGUCGCCCGGGUCCCUGGUGAAUGGCCUACAGCCUCUCCCUGCACACCAGGAGAAUGGCUUCUCCCCUAAGGGGCCCUCUGGGGACAAGAGUCUGGGCCGAACGCCAGAGGCACUCCUGCCCUUCGCAGCAGAGGCAGAAGCCUUCCUCAAGAAAGCUGUGGUACAGCCCCCGCAGGUCACAGAAGUCCUUUAGGAGGUUGCCUUGGAUCCAGGCGCAGCUAUGAGGGCUCCUCCGCACAUCCUCCAGGAGGUCUGGAAGAGAGAGAGACAGAACAAAGCCGGAAGUGGCCUGGGCCCCUGGGGUGGGUCUCCUGUUAUUUUUAAUCUGCACCUUAUAGACUGAUGUCUCUUUGGCCAGAGCCAGGUCCUGCCCCUCAGUGCAUUCGUGUGCUCACACGCGCGGCCGCCCCCCUCCCGUACACACAUAUACACUCACAGCCUCUCUGGCCUCCUCCCUUGGGGAAGGGCUGCCUGUAGUAUUUGCCUUGGUUCGGUGGGGUACAGUGGUUGUGAAUACUGUAAAUACUUGUGCUCAGACUCCUCUGCGUGGAGGGGCGGGUGCAGGAGGCAGACCCUCCCAGGACUCCCCCGGGGUGGUCUUCCUCUCUCUAUUUAACUGUAACUGAGGGGGAACCCAGGUGAGGGGGUGGGGGGCACCUUGGGCCACAGGAUACUGUUUGCUUUAGGGGUACCCAUGCCCCCUGCCCUCGCCUGGAAUCAGUGUUAUUGCAUCUGAUCAAACUUCUCCAGAAAUAAAGUGAGAAUAAUUCUGCCA